GGCUUGUUGGCGACUGGGAAGAGACCGACGUAAAGCCCAAAACGCCUCGUAGCAUGCAGAAGAUCCAAGGCUGGUUCCGCCGGAAGAAGAGCAACACGCUCAACGGCAACAGCGGUGGGCCGACGCAGUUCUCGAGCAUGCCACCCGCGCCCAUGUCGGGCCCGGCCGUGCUGCGCACGCAGGCCUCGCGCUCGAACGCGACGCCGAUGCAGCCUGAGCCCGAGUCGCCGCCGUUCUCGCACCCGCUCUACUCGAUGGACAACGAUGGCAUGCUGCGCUUCAAGGCCACCGGCAAGCAGCUUGAUGAGAAUGACAUCACGAUCCACCAAGACGAGAUUCUGAACGCGGUCGUGGGCUACGUGCACGAGACGAUGAAGAGCACGAUGGGCUUCCAGGAAGUCUACCUCCCGUCGAACGGGCCCGCGCACCUCAAGUGCAACGUAUUUGUUUCGUCCAACUACCUCACGGCCAAGAAGCUCAUUGUGUUUGUCGCGGUCUCGCGCGGCCUCUCGCCCGGCCUCUGGAGCCGCGGCUUGAUUCUGAACUCGGGCGUCAAAGCGGGCUCGAUGCUCUCGUACUUUCGCAAGGCGCUCGACGAAGGCUACGGUAUUGUCGUGCCCAACCCGAACAAGAACGCCGUCAUGCUCCGCGACACCAACAAGAAGGUGCCGAUCCCCGGCUCGUCGUCGCCCGAAGAACACAUGGACUCGGUCUGGGAUGCGUUCGUCGCGCCGUCCGAGGCCAAGCGCGUCUUCUUCAUCGGGUACUCGUACGGCGGCGUGCUUAUCAAGUACUUGUUGCAGUCGCGCGGCGAAGCACUCCUGCGCCGGAACGGUGCCAUCGCGCUCAUCGAGUCGUCGCACCGCAUUGAGGACGGCGAUGCGCAGACGGUCAAGUCGCUCCUCGCGCACCGCGCCAUGUACUGGGAGGUCAACCACGACGUCGGCUUCCAGCAGCCGCUCGAAGGCGACGCGCCCCACCGCACGGGCUGCACGUGUCUCUCGGCCGGCAAGCCGCCGCGAGCGGUCGCCAACCACUACUACGUGGCGGCCUUUUGCAUCAAGAACGUGGCCGAUGCGCUCUUCCGCUUCCUCGCUGUCCGCGACGCGCUGACGUACGUCGAGGCCGAGAAGAACCGCCCGGCCGACAUCCCGCUCCCGACCGGCACCAGCGACGAUAGCUUUCUCAACACGGCGACCAACACGUUCCGGCCGGACCCGAGCGCGCCGAAGCUCAAGCGCACGGCGUCGGACGGCAAGUUUAUCAACCCCGGCAGCGAAAAGCACUGCAACCUCUGCCUCUUCCACUUUACCAUGUUUGACCGGCGCCACCACUGCCGCAUGUGCCACCGCGCGGUGUGCAACGCGUGCUCGCGCGACCGCCUCUUCUUGCCGGGCUGGGCGACUGCGCAGCGCGUCUGUACCGACUGCGCGAGCGACGGCAACAAGCCGUUCCCGCCCGACGCAACCGCGACGCUCACGCGGCAAAUGUCGAGCGGGUCGACGGUUGGCGAGAGCACCAGCAGCACGCGCCGCGGGCCGUCGAGCUCGAACGCUGACAACCUCAACGGUUCGAUGCUCGAGUCGCGCCAGGAGCGGUCGCGGUCCGGCUCGACCGAGAAGGCGCCCAAGGGCAAGCUCAGCGUCGACGAUUUUGACUUGAUGAAGGUCAUUGGCAAGGGCGCGUUCGGCAAGGUCAUGCUCGUGCGCCGCAAGGCCGAGAACGGCGAGGACAACAGCGGCAACGCGACGUACGCGAUGAAGGUGCUCAAGAAGGCCAACGUCUUUGCGAAGAACCAAGUCGAGCACACAAAGGCCGAGCGCCGCAUCCUGCGCGACAUUGACCACCCGUUCGUCGUGCGGCUGCGAUAUGCGUUCCAAACCGAGGACAAGUUGUACCUCGUCAUGGACUAUUACACGGGCGGGACGCUCUUCUUCCACUUGCGCAAGUCGCGCAAGUUUUCCGAGAAGCGUGCGCGGUUCUACGCGGCGCAGCUGCUCAUGGCCAUGUCGCACCUCCACGACCUCAACAUUGCGUACCGCGACCUCAAGCUCGAAAACAUCUUGAUGGACGACAAGGGCUACGUGGCGCUCACGGACUUUGGCUUGUCCAAGGAGAACGUCGACGUUCCGGACGGUGCCAAGACGUUUUGCGGCACGGCCGAGUACAUUGCGCCCGAGCUCCUCAAGGGUCUCUCGUACGGCAAGCCCGUCGAUUGGUGGGGGUUUGGCACGCUGCUCUUUGAGAUGAUGACGGGACAGACGCCGUUCUUUGACCGGAACCGCAAGAAGAUGUUCCACAACAUUCUGCACCGCGACGUCGUGUUUACGCCGGUGUUUUCCGAGGACGCCAAGAGCCUCCUCACGGGCUUGCUGCGCAAGGACCCGGCGAAGCGACUCGGGUCGGGCCCGUCGGGCGCCCAGGAAAUCAUGGACCACCCGUUCUUCGCAAGCAUCGACUGGGACAAGCUCAUGCGCAAGGAAAUGGAGGCGCCGUUCAAGCCCACGGUGACGGGCGAGCACGACACGACCAACGUCGCCGGCGUCUUCCUCCGCGAGCCGCCGAAAGACUCGCCGGUGACGCAGCAGCUCGGCGCGACGCACCGUGCGCAGGCCCACUUUGACGGCUUCACGUACAACCCGGGCACCGUCAUGUCCCGAGAUGUGUAAAGGUCUCAUCAUAUUAGUAGUCGAUUGUGUCUGUGCUUACAAAAAACGAUAAGAAAAUGCUUCUCCCA